AUGUUAUUUUAUUAUUUUGAAAAUAGGCAUUAGCUAGUGCAUCAAAUAUAAUAAUGUCAGCUGUAGAUCGAUUAAGAAGUAGUCAGAAUGAAUUCAUAAGGAACAGAACAACCCCCGAUUUUCAUAUUGAGUUAUUAAGAUUACGACAAAAUUGGAGGUUAAAAAAAGUUUCUACAGCCAUUAUUGGCGACCUAAGUUAUAAAACAGCUGGUUCAAAAUUUGGACAAAGUGGUAUGUUUGAAGUAACAAAAGCAGAAGAUGAUGUUCAAUCAAAUACUGGUAUUUCUUCUAGUAGCCCAUCGUCCUCUCCUAGUCAUAAUGUUUCAAUCACUAAAUCACCAUCAGCUCUUAGAGUGACUGUACCUACUGAACUACAAGGAGUAUCUUACAUAAUGGUAUUAUGCCAAAAAGAUCAAGAAAAUAUUUUUAACACUUCAUUUAAUCUACUGGGUUCAGCUCCAGCUACUCCUAAUCCGGACAUGCAUUGGCAACAAAAAUUAGAAGCUGCUCAAAAUGUAUUGUUUUGUAAAGAAUUGUUCAAUCAGCUUGCCAAAGAAGCUGUUCAAUUGCAAGCAACUAUACCUCAUAUGGUUGUUGGAAAUCAAAUUUCAGCUACAGUAUUUCCUGGUAUCCAGUUAAUAAUCGGAUUAUGUCAUAGUUCAACAAAUGGUAACCCCAACACUAUAUUACCAUCUAAAACUGAUCAUGAUCAUGUACUAGAACACUCUCUGCAUCAACUUUUAAGAGAAGUACACCACAGAAAUACUCAUCAACCAUUUCCGCAUCCUUCUUCAGGGCCAUUAGGUCCAAGUAAACGCCGUGCAGUUGCUGGACCUAAUGCUGCCGAUCGUUUUGAAUUGUUAGAAAUGUCUAAAAGCCAAACAUUAUUAGAGCAAAUUAUAGAACAAGCUCAACACUUUUUUAUGAGAUUACGUACAGAAUAUGUUAUUGAUACAUUAGCUAAAGAAGUUAAAGAUCCAAUUAUAAUUUCACAUUGGAAUUCAUUGAACUCUCCAACACAAGCUUGUGUUAAAGUCACUAUUGUUUCACACGGAUUUGACUGUAUUUGUCGAACUUCUUUAGUUGUGCACGUAAUGAAAAAAUCAUUAAAAUGUAUUUGCCGUGAUGGUCGAGUAAUGUAUUUAUCAUAUGAACCACAAGAAUUAAGAGAUCUCAUUUUUUGUCAAAUUUAUCAACAUCAAAUAAUGGGAGUACAAUCUGUAGCUAAAACACAAGGAUGGCAAUUCUUAGCUAGUUCUUCUCAUCUUGGCCUAGGUCCAGUUGAGCCUAUGGGAAAUGCUAGCUCAUGUCUCUUAGCUUCACCAAUAGGAGAUAGGUUAAUUUCUGUGAAAUGUGAACCACAAGGCAAUGUCAGUGUGAGUAUUGCGCAUUCACCAAAAAAAGACUUCUUUGGAGGCCAAUUGGUAAAAGAAAGAAAGUGGGAAAAUUUGGGAGGUUCAUUUAAAAAGGUUAGGUGGGACAAAAUGGAAGGUAAAAACUUUUUAAACAAAAUUGAACUUUUAAUGGCUAGUUUAACCAAUUCUACCUAAUUUGUCAACAAAAUCCUUGUUGAUGUCAAAAAAGUAAAAAGUGUAGUAUAAUUUAUGUUGUAUAUAAUUUUAUUAGUUAGUUUAAUAUAAUUAAUUCUUUCUAUGGGAAAAUAAAUAUAAUUUUUACUAUAGUAAUGUAUCAGUAUCAAAACUAUUUAAUUUAUAUGUAAUAAGUAUUGAUAAUAAUAAAUUUUUGGUACGAGUUUACUUACCACUUAGUCAUUUCAUAACUUGUAUUAGUGUGUUACUUUAAAUUAUUUGUUAAUCAGGUCAGUAAUUUAUUAUAUUUGACAUCUAUAGUAAGUAAUUCUCCUUUGUGUGAUGUAACUCAGUGGCUAUAUCAUGGGGAGCAUUUUUAAAAUUUUCAAACUCAAAAUAUUGAUUAUCAAAUUAUUUUUGUUAAAAUUUGUUCAUGUCAGAUGACCAAAUUCAAAACUAAUAGCUCUAUCAAUAAUUUGUUCAAUAUUGAAUGAGGAUAAUAACUAAUAAUUGAUUAGAUAAAUGUUAAAACUGUUAACUGGUGUGUACUGUUUUUUUUUUAUCACUUUUGUUGGUCACAAUAACUCAUAGGUAGAUAGUAUUAGGGGUUUAAGAAUAAAUAUUAAACUACCAAUUACCAUGAUGAACCAACCUAUUUUUGAAAUUUUAUAUUGUUUUUUGUAUUAAAAUGUACACUGAGAAAUGUACUCUAAAAAUUUACAAAUACCAUUAACUUAAACUUUUCUAACUUGAUCAAUUUUACUUAGAAUUAUAUAAGAGACUUUUGGAACACACUGUAUAUUCUUUUUAUCAGACAAAUAUAGGGUUUUUGUUUUUACUA